UCUUGUUUUACACUUGUGUAAACAAAAUGAAAAGUCUAAUUUUCAAUGGACCCACAUUCAGUUUAAAGUAAAUGAAUUAGUUCUGCAGCCCACAUUUUAGAUUUUUUUGGUGCCAAAAUAUUGCCAUACUUUGCUCCCCCAAGUAAAUCUGGUCUGCAUCUCUACAUGAACCUCUGUGGUAAAAAUGUGGACUUAUUCGCCUAAAGUACAUUUUGUGAUGACUGAAACUGGUUAAUUUUAGUGUCUAUGUAACCGAAGGGUAUAACUGCUGGAAGAAAUUACUUCAAUAUUUUUCCAAAAGCAUCUAACAACUUGGUAAUUCUGUUUGUUUCAAUGGAAAACAAUUACAGGAGUCUUAACGUCCAAUUCAAUCGAAUGUAAUUCCGUCAUCUGGCCAGCAGAUGUCGCUAGCGAAAAUGCAAAACUUUACGUUUGACCUAAAAAUCGAGUUGUUUUUUUUUUUUUUCUUCAAGCAAGCAAUUAGACGACCAUGAGCUUCACAGAAGAACGUUUACUGAGAUCCAGGCAGACCCUCCUGCCCCCCAUCUCCAACAGAACCCUGCACCACCCCUCCUUCCUCCCUCUUUACCUUCCCACACCCCUAAACCAUCACUGUCAUGGAGACGCUCAACUACGUUUUCCAAUGUGUCCUGAGGAGCUUUUCUACACAGACCCCACUCUGCCAUGUGGGAAGAGGAUCUAUAAUGAGAAGGUGGUUUUUAAAUGCACCCAGCUCAACACUCCUCCCCCCAUCAUGUCCGCCUGUGUCGCCCCCCCAAACCACCCAGACCCAUUCAGGGCCGGACCACACCCCAUCUACAACCUGGGCACCCCCGACUGGAGCACAGGGAGCAUCCAACUUCGGGUCCAGCCGAGGUUUGUCAUCAUCCAGCUCAGUCAGCAGGAGGACCAGGUCAUUACCGAUCUGUUGACACUGCACCACCAGGAGGCGCCCCAAAGCAAGGAAUGUAUCUCUGCUGCACAUAUCGCUUUCCCAGCUGCUCUAAAAUCUAAUCCCGGGGAUUUGAACACAUCCCUUGAGGAAGCAAAUAAGGUAAUCUGCACUGAUGCACCAGAGGAGGGACAGAGAUGGUCAGAUGCAGAGUAUGGAGCUGCAAACACUCUCUUGAGCAGCUUCAACCUGGUGGAUGAUUACUUGAUACCAAACAGAAUAACACCUCCUGAUCACCUGCGGUUCCAAACAUCUGAAGCAGAGCUAGAAUACCAGAGUUUGUCACCUUUAGUAACUUGUGACCGUUCAGAAAAUGGAAGCUGCAUGGAGAGGAACAGCGAAAUCAGAUCUGACACGGGUCCUUCAGAACCAGAGAAGUCCUUCCUUUCAAAGAUGGAGGGCAGGUCAGAGGAGCCGAUGCUGAUGGAUCUGGAACGGGAUGCUGUGCAGGUUCUGCUUAGUCUUGGGGAGACGCUAACAUUCAAUGACAAACACUGAAGGUCUAAAAGCUUAAGGAGCUUUUUUUUAAAGUUUUUUUCCUCUUAAAACCUGAAACUCCCCAUUGGUAUUGUUUUACGCAGUUUUAUUUUAUUGGAAGUUAAUUUUUCAUGCUUGUAAUAUUAAAAAAAAGUUCAAUAAAAAUG